CUCCCCUUCGCCGUCGCGCCUCCUCCUCCCGCACCUCCGCCUCGAGAUGCUCGCGGGCCCCGCCGCGCUCCACCUCCUCCUCCCGGCGCCGCCGCCGCACCGCCGCCACCUCGCAUUCGCGCUCCCGCAGCACCCCGCGCCGCCGCUCCACGCCCGCGCCGCGUGCUCGCGCCGCGCGCGGAGGAGGGCGCCGCCGCAGAGGCAUGGGGUCGCCAGGGCCUCCGCCGCGGUCGCGGAGGAGGCGAGCAGCUCCGGCCCGGCCAAGUUCUCCGUGAGGAUCCCCGUCGGCGACCGCGAGAUACUGGUGGAGACGGGCCACAUCGGGAGGCAAGCGAGCGCUUCUGUAAUGGUCACUGAUGGUGAAACAAUUCUCUACUGUUCUGUUUGUCUGUCCGAUACUCCAAAUGAUCCUUCAGACUUUUUCCCUUUAUCGGUUCACUAUCAAGAGCGCCUUUCAGCUGCUGGAAGAACUAGUGGUGGUUUCUUCAAACGAGAAGGCAAGGCAAAAGACCAUGAGGUUUUAGUAUGCAGAUUGAUAGACAGGCCCCUGCGACCUACUAUGCCCAAGGGUUUCUACUAUGAAACUCAGAUUCUAUCCUGGGUCUUCAGUUACGAUGGCAUUCACUCUCCGGAUUGCUUGGCUAUCACAGCUGCUGGUAUAGCCGUGGCUCUCUCUGAAAUUCCAAAUAAACAAACAAUUGCUGGAGUAAGAAUUGGCCUGAUUAACGGCCAGUUUGUUAUUAACCCAACUACUGAACAAAUGGAGAAUUCAGAGUUGGAUUUGAUGAUGGCUGGAACUGAUAGUGCCAUAUUGAUGAUUGAGGGCUACUGUGAUUUUCUGACUGAGGAGAAGCUGCUUGAAGCUGUGGAAGCUGGGCAGGUUGCAAUUCGAGAAAUCUGCAAAGCAAUUGAUGUUCUUGUCCAGAGCUGUGGAAAGAAGAAGAUGGUUGAUGCUAUCAACUUACCGCCUCCUGAACUCUACAGGCAUGUUGAAGAUAUUUCUGGAGAUGAGUUGGUGAAGGCAUUACAAAUAAAAGAAAAGAUUCCCAGAAGGAAAGCUCUUUCAGCAUUGGAGGAUAAAGUUAUAACUAUACUUUCUGAACAAGGGUAUGUUUCCAAAGAUAGCUCAUUAGGAGUCACUGAAAGUUUGGAUGAUAUUGUUGAGGAUGAAGAUGAGGAUGAAGUUAUAGUGGAUGGAGAAGUAGAUGAAGGUGAUGUGCACAUCAAGCCGGUUUCAAGGAAGCCCCCUCGUCAGCUAUUUGCAGAAGUUGAUGUCAAGCUAGUCUUCAAGGAAGUUUCAUCUAAAUAUUUACGACGGCGCAUUGUAGAGGGCGGAAAGCGAAGCGAUGGCCGGAGCCCUUGGGAACUUCGACCCAUUAAUUCUCAAUGUGGGUUGCUUCCACGAGCACAUGGUAGUGCUCUGUUCACGAGGGGGGAAACACAGUCACUGGCUGUGGUGACUUUAGGUGGCUAUCAAAUGGCACAGCGAAUUGACAACCUUGUGGACACUGAGGAAUCGAAGAGCUUCUAUCUUCAGUACUCAUUUCCUCCAUCAUGUGUUGGUGAAGUUGGUCGAAUUGGAGCACCUAGUAGGAGAGAGAUUGGACAUGGGAUGCUUGCAGAAAGGGCACUGGAGCAAAUUUUACCUCCAGAAGAGGAUUUUCCUUACACUAUUCGUGUCGAGAGUACUAUCACUGAAAGUAAUGGCUCAUCCAGCAUGGCUUCUGUUUGUGGAGGUUGUUUAGCACUUCAAGAUGCUGGGGUUCCUAUAAAGUUUCCUGUUGCUGGAAUAGCAAUGGGCUUGGUUCUUGAUACACAAGAGUUUGGUGGAGAUGGCAGCCCACUUAUACUUUCUGAUAUUACUGGAGCUGAAGAUGCCUCUGGUGACAUGGAUCUGAAGGUUGCUGGUAAUGAAAGUGGUAUAACUGCAUUCCAGAUGGACAUCAAGGUGGUGGGCAUAACUCUACCUGUGAUGGAACAAGCACUCCUUCAGGCUAGGGAUGGUCGACAGCAUAUUCUGAAUGAAAUGUCAAAAUCUUCGCCUCCACCAUCAAAAGCACUAUCUCGACAUGCUCCCUUAAUUCAUGUCAUGAAGGUCAAACCUAACAAGGUGAAUUUAAUAAUUGGUUCUGGUGGAAAGACAAUAAAAAGCAUAAUUGAGGAGACUGGAGUAGAUGCUAUUGAUACCGGAGAUGAUGGCACGGUAAAAAUUACGGCAAGGGACUUAUCAAGCUUAGAGAAGUCAAAAACUAUAAUAGCUAACCUUACCAUGGUUCCAAAAGUUGGAGAAAUUUAUAGGAAUUGUGAGAUCAAAUCAAUAGCUCCGUAUGGUGCCUUUGUUGAAAUUGCUCCAGGGCGGGAGGGUCUAUGUCAUAUCAGUGAGUUAAGUUCGGGCUGGUUGGCCAAGGCUGAGGAUGCUUUUAAAGUCGGUGAUCGCAUAGACGUCAAGCUUAUUGAGAUAAAUGACAAGGGUCAACUUCGACUAAGUUCUCGAGCUUUGCUUCCUGAUGCGGAUUCAGAAUCCAACAGCAAGCAGCAAUCAAGUGGUUCAACAAAAGAAAAGGCGCCGCAGAAAGAUGAUCUUAUCAAGAUGACAACAAGGAGACCCAAACGUAAGAAGCAGUCUGAGCCGUCUGGAGCUGAAAAUGCCACAACAAAGACUCUUGAAAAGAGUGCCGCUGCUCCAGCUACUUCACAAGGCAGUGAAACCGCAACUUAGCAUCACCAACAACUUAGCACUUUAAUCCGAUGAUUGCUUCACAUGACUGGCCGAGUUAAAAGGAUCCAUACACCAAGUGACCUAUAUGAUGGUCGUAAGGCAGGCAGUCCAUAACAAGAGUUCAGACAGAAGUCGAGAUCGGAUCAUACAGAAGAAUUGACUGAUGCUGACGACAAGCAGAGUGUGCAGAGUUUGUGAAAUACCUUUCUAGUAUGUGGUAGGCGCAGCUUCAUCAUGCAGUAGUUUAGAAUGUGCUGCACAACGCCAUGAUUUUUGUGGUGACCAAGGCUGUAGUUUCUUAGAAGCGGGAUCUACACGAGUACACGAUGCGGCAACAAGUAGCCCAUUGCUCUUUACAUAUUAGUUCCCCAAAAAAUUUAGCACACUAGGGAGUUAAGAGAAAUUGUUAUUGCUGAACUUCAAAUUUUGUUCACAAUGUGCUGCUUUUUACUGAGUUGUGAACUGUGGGCUGAAAA